CUGGCGAUCGGUGACGGCAGCGAGACAACGAGCUUGGUUGCCCGAGAACGCCGCCGACUCUCCCUCCCCUGGCUCGACCGUCGUUCGUCUGCUCCAGCCAGCCCAGCCUCUGGCGACGAGAUCGAGAAACUCCACCGAGUCUACCUCCCCUGGCCAAACCGCCCUUCGUCGUCUCUGUUCGCCGGAGCCACCGAGUCUCCCUCCCCUGUCUCGAGUCUCAACCGUCCUUCGUGGUUUCGUCUUCUUCGGUUCAGCUCAGCCCUUCUCAACAACAUCGGAAUCAUCAUAACCAAGGGCAUCAGAACUCCAUUCAACAACAUCAGAAUCGUCUUCUCCACUAAUAACAGAUAA